AUGUCGGCCUCCGAAGUCGUCAACCAGGAUGCUACUACCAUUAAUGAGCAUGCGAACGUUCUGACUGUGACUGUGACUGACAUAACUACUGUUGGGCAGAGCUCGACAAGUACCGCGCCCAUGAGCACAUUAUAUUCCACCUCGACAAUGACCACGACCAUCGUCGUGCCACUAACGAUGACUUCUGGCCCCAGUACGAGCACGAGGUUGCCCAUGACCACUUCGACAUCGAUGGCGACAAGCUCGAAUACAUCACAGAUACCAGUGGGCAUCACAGCUGCACCGGCUCCUCUACCAUCAAAUCCGACUGCUUUGAACGUAACCGCGGUUGAGCAAUGUCUGACCGAGCCGGGUGGCGUUCAGAAAGCUGGCGAGUUGCCGCAGCCAGGAUGUGGCUCUAUCUUCCAGCAUAUCGAGGACUGCUACGGAUCCAAUGCUCCAUGGACGGAUCCAUACAACGCAAGCCAGAGUCUCAACUUCCAAACAUGUCUCUGCGAGACGAGUGCUUCAAAUCCUUUUGGCAAGACGAACAUGCUGUGGCAGAACUUCACGGGCUGUGCCAACUGCCUUGAGAGCUUCACGUCUGGCAUCCUAGUCGACACUCUCGCCUCGGAAUUCUCGAAUAUCGAGAACUUCUGCUGCUCACAGAACCCAUUGGCAUAUCUGGUCAUCGCCAACUUCGAGGCCUGGCUCGCAGCACUCAACGCAGGAAUCUCUCUCACAGCACCGCCACUUACGGGCGCCAUCACAGCAAUCACGGUUCUAAGCAGCCUCUUCACCACAACACCACCCCUCGCCAACUUGGCAUACGGUGUCAGUGCACCUCCAGAGGGCACCUUAGGAGGCGUGACACCAGAGCUCAUGACCGCGACAAUCAUCAUGCCCGCUUCUGCAGGCCAUCCGCCAUCUACGGAGAAGAUAACCAAGUUACUCGACUGGAAGCCCACAGCAUCUCCUUCAGGUACAGUCACGCCACAAUUCGAUACAGCGGCUGCUAGCAUGUCCGCGGCUAGUGUGGCGAAUAGGUGGACCGUCUCAGGUGUGUCGUGGGAAGUGUCCGAGUAG